AUGUCUCGGGCACGGGGCCACUUGCUUCCGGGCUUAUUCCUGGCAACGGUUUCAGCGCGCAGGGUAACGACCCGGGUAGGGGCGCGGUUGGGCGUAAGCCCGCAGCCGGCACCGCCAGAGCCCAGCAUGGAGUAUCAGGAUGCUGUGCGCACGCUUAACACCCUGCAGACCAAUGCUGGUUACCUGGAGCAAGUGAAGCGCCAACGGGGUGACCCCCAGACACAACUGGACACUAUGGUGUUGUACCUGGCACGGAGCGGGCUGCAGGUGGAGGACUUGGACAAGCUGAACAUCAUCCAUGUCACUGGGACCAAGGGGAAGGGUUCAACAUGUGCCUUCACUGAACGGAUCCUCCGAAGCUAUGGCCUAAAGACAGGAUUCUUUAGCUCUCCCCACCUGGUGCAGGUGCGUGAGCGGAUCCGCAUCAACGGGCAGCCCAUCAGUCCUGAGCUCUUCACCAAGCACUUCUGGCACCUGUACCACCGGCUAGAGGAGACCAAGGAUGACAGCGCUGUCUCCAUGCCCGCCUACUUCCGCUUCCUCACACUCAUGGCCUUCCACGUCUUCCUGCAGGAGAAGGUGGACCUGGCGGUGGUGGAAGUGGGCAUCGGUGGGGCUUAUGACUGCACCAACAUCAUCAGGAAGCCUGUGGUGUGUGGGGUCUCCUCUCUUGGCAUCGACCACACCAGUCUUCUGGGGGACACAGUUGAGAAGAUUGCCUGGCAGAAAGGGGGAAUCUUUAAGUGUGGCGUUCCCGCCUUUACAGUGCUCCAGCCUGAUGGUCCCCUGGCGGUGCUGAGGGACCGUGCCCUGCAGAUCUCAUGUCCUCUCUACCUGUGCCCGUCACUGGAGGCCCUGGAGGAAGGGGGGCCACCACUGACCCUGGGCCUGGAGGGGGACCACCAGCGGUCCAAUGCUGCCUUAGCCUUGCAGCUGGCCCGCUGCUGGCUGCAGCGGCAGGACUACCCAGGUAUCGGGGAGCUGAAGGCAUCCAAGCCAAGCCCCCUGCGCCAGCUGCCCCUGGCACCCGUGUUCCAACUCACAUCCCAUAUGCGGCAUGGGCUUCGGGACACAGAGUGGCCUGGCCGAACCCAGGUUCUGCAGCGUGGGCCCCUCACCUGGUACCUGGAUGGUGCCCACACCUUGAGCAGCAUGCAGGCCUGCGUGCACUGGUUCUGCCAGGCGCUGCAGAGUCAUGAGAAGCUGAACAGUGGGCGGCAGGUGCGUGUCCUGCUCUUCAAUGCCACUGGUGACCGGGACCGGGUGGCCCUGCUGAAGCUGCUACAGCCCUGCCAGUUUGACUAUGCUGUCUUCUGCCCCAAUCUGACAGAGGUGUCAUCUGUAGGCAAUGAAGACCAACAGAACUUCACAGUGACACUGGACCAAGUUCUGCUUCGCUGCCUGGAACACCAACAGCAUUGGAGUAAGCUGGCCGCCAGCCCGGACCUCUGGGGGCCUCCCAGCCUGGAGUCUGGUGGCCCCACCUCCCUGCUGCUGGUACCCCAUCCACCCCACGCUCACAGCACCAGCUCCCUUAUCUUCAGCUGCAUCUCCCAUGCCUUACAAUGGAUCAGCCAAGGCCGGGACCCCAUCUUUCAGCCAUCUGGUCUCCCACGGGGCCUUCUUACCCACCCAGUGGUAAGCAGAGGAGCCAGGAUACUUCAGGAGGCUGUUGCUGUCCAUGUGCUGGUCACAGGCAGCCUGCACCUGGUGGGUGGUGUCCUGAAGCUGCUGGAGCCCUCCCUGUCCCAGUAGCUGAGGGUGCAGGGUCAGAGGUGGGGCCUUCCCACACCUGCCCUGCGUUCUCUCCAUGAACUCCUUAAGAGGUGCCUUUGUUUUCUGCUUUCCUGGUUCUGUCUUGCUAGCCCACAGACC